GACGGGGAGAGAGGGGAAGGAAGGGGAGAGGGAGGGAGGGGCGGGAUGCAGGAGCGCUCGACUCCGUCCCGGCCGCACUGGAGAAUUUGUGCCGGUACUCGAGGAAAUGACACAGCCAGGGGAGCUCCUGCUUCUACUUCUGCUUCUGCUCCUGCCUCUGCUCCUGCUUCUGCUCCUGCCUCCUUUGCCUCCUGUGCCUCCUGCUUCUUGCCAGAGGUAAGGUAGGAAGGAGGGGGUACCCCGUGGCACAGACACAGGCAGGAGGCAUGGCAAUGGCAGUUGCUGCGUCCCUCUCGUUGAAUAUCUUGGUAGAGAGACGCACAUUGGGUUUCAUUGUGUGCAACCACCACCACCACCGCCGCCCCCUUCCGCUCUUCAAUACCCUCCCUCCCUGUCCCUUUGCUGCAUCGAUUCCCUUCGGCAGCCACAGCCCACGCCGCCUGUCCCCGAGGCCGUGCCGCAACAUCACACACCUCAUCACACUGGAUCACUCGGACCUUCUCUCCCACCCCCCAGCGCCAGGGCUUCAUUCAUCUCUUUUAGCAAUGCGGUACUACAGAAGGUCAGACUAUGGCCGCCAUCGAAGGCUUGGCCUGCCCUUACGCUUGUUGCUUUUUAGGCUAGUCGCACCGUGGCGCUGCGCCUAGAACACCACCGUAUGUGUGUGUGUAUCAUUGCACGACAGUUACAGCGCCUCGCAGCCUCUGCCCAGUCGCACAGAACGGGCGGCGCUUUUGCAGG